ACAGCACUAAACAGACCUGGGACUCUAGCUAGUAGGAGUUGGCAAGACAUCACUAAACAGACCUGGGACUCUUGCUAGUAGGAGUUGACAAGACAUCACUAAACAGACCUGGGACUCUAGCUAGUAGGAGUUGGCAAGACAUCACUAAACAGACCUGGGACUCUAGCUAGUAGGAGUUGACAAGACAGCACUAAACAGACCUGGGACUCUAGCUAGUAGGAGUUGACAAGACAGCACUAAACAGACCUGGGACUCUAGCUAGUAGGAGUUGACAAGACAUCACUAAACAGACCUGGGACUCUAGCUAGUAGGAGUUGGCAAGACAGCACUAAACAGACCUGGGACUCUAGCUAGUAGGAGUUGGCAAGACAGCACUAAACAGACCUGGGACUCUAGCUAGUAGGAGUUGGCAAGACAGCACUAAACAGACCUGGGACUCUAGCUAGUAGGAGUUGGCAAGACAGCACUAAACAGACCUGGGACUCUUGCUAGUAGGAGUUGACAAGACAGCACUAAACAGACCUGGGACUCUAGCUAGUAGGAGUUGACAAGACAUCACUAAACAGAUCUGGGACUCUAGCUAGUAGGAGUUGGCAAGACAUCACUAAACAGACCUGGGACUCUUGCUAGUAGGAGUUGACAAGACAGCACUAAACAGACCUGGGACUCUAGCUGGUAGGAGUUGGCAAGACAGCACUAUCCUUAACCAAUCUGGAUUGUUGUUUGAGGUUUAUGCUAAAUCUCUACCACAUGUUCACAUUCUUUUAACCAACCCUUUGUCCAUCUGCUGGUGAAUAAGAGAAAAAGCAUUUAGCAUUUAAAUAAACCGAUGACCAAACCACAAACAACAUGGAAGCUAUCAAAAAACUAUGAAGAUGAAGAUGAAGGCACUUAAAAUGCCUUUAUUGUGGUCGUAAGUUUAAUGAAACAACAUACAAAAAAUGAAUGUAAAAAGAAACAAGAAUACAAUGGAGCAUAUUAUCUACAAUAUUGUAUGUAUACUGCAUAACUUUGCUCUUCAAUAAAACAUAUUUGUUCAUUGAACAAUAUAUUUUAAAAUGUUAUAGAUUGGGUUGCCAGGUGGUGAUGUCAUACAUGACCGAUGACAUCACAAUGGUCUUAAAGCCAAUUUGAACAAUGGGUUAAUGAGGAAAUGUAUCAGUCUUCAUUGGUUAUCGACAUGGCUUGUUUCUGCUGGUGCAAGAAGAAAAAACGUCAGAAAGCAAAUUCAGUUGAUGUGGAGCAGAAGACAAGAAAGAAGAAGGAGAGGGGCACUUCAUCCCCCUCUCCAAUUCCAUCUGACCGUUCUGAACGGAAUGGCUCCGCUACCUCUGACCCCUCACCCUCUGACCAACUCUCCUCCCUCCAUCCACCUCCCUCUCCUGUUAAAUGUUCCUCUCAGCCUUGCUCUCCUGCUGAACAACCCUCUGUACCCCAGUCACCUGCCAAAAACCCUUCCCCAGUGAAAUCCUCUCCAGUGGUGUCCCACCCUAGUUCUCCCUCUCCUACCAACCCUCUGGAUCGUCAUGGAGACACCAGUCAGGAGGGCACAACAGUCAGACCUCUGUCUCUUCAGGACCACUCUAGUCCAAUGCCCCAGAGACCAGUCUCAGCCACCAGAAGCAUGACUCUUCCCAGGGCCAGCUCAGCCACCAGAAGCAUGACUCUUCACAGGGCCAGCUCAGCCACCAGAGGGUCAGAAGAGACCCAGGGGGCCAGAGGAGAAUGGGGGGAACUGGUCAACAUGGAACUUCUUGGGUUGCCUAACAUUGGCAACACUUGCUUCCUUAACGCCACCCUGCAGUGCCUCCUGGUCCUGCCUUCCUUCUCAAAGGAAAUCCUGCACCAGGAACAACUCUGGAGCUCCUCCCCCUUCUCCAACCUGCUCAGGAGUCUGUCUGAUGUGCACCGUUCAGGUUUACCUGACAGUGUGGAAAACCAGGCCUCAAAAGCAGACCUCAUGUGGAAGGUCAAGUACUCCUUGUCGGGAUACGAUUUGAAGUAUCUGGGGGACACGCAACAGGAUGCACACGAGUUACUUGUCAAUAUGCUGUGCCAGCUGAAGGAGGAGGGCAUGAUUCUGAAGACACUCGGGAUGAACUAUACCUGCCCUGUUUCCCAGCUGGAGUUCCAGCUUGUGUCGGUGCGCACAUGUACCAGCUGUGGGCGCGAGUCGUCCACCAGAGAGGACUACAACCACCUCUCAUUGGACUUCAGCCCUGAGCGCACCUUGCUGAACAGCCUAGCACUCACUUUCAAAAGUGAACAGGUUGAAUUCACAUGUGAGGGCUGUAAAGGCCUCCACGCCUCAAAGGUGGAGCAGUUCCACACACUGCCUCUUGUGCUGGUUUUGCAUCUGAAGAGGUUUGGAGGACCUGGGGGGUUGGAGAAGCUGGAGGCUCCUCUUUUGUUUCCUUCGGAGCUGAGGCUCUCCACCCUCUGUGGGGACAUGGUGCCACACCUGCACAGUGCCAGCCCACAGGCCCUCACCAACCAGGCCCCCAGCAUCCAGGGGUCCAUCCCCCAGACCCUCGCCAGCCAAGUCUCCAGCCCACCUGGAGUGGCCAAAGACAGCGCCCUCUGCUGUUCAGAAGCAGAAGCCAGUACAGUCAGUGAAUGGUUACUACCAGCUGACUGGCGUAGUCUCUCAUUUGGGAGGCUCCGCAAACUCCGGGCACUACAUUAGUGACAUAUUGCAUGCCAGUGGAAACUGGUUCUGCUGUAACGACAGCCAGGUGUCAAUGUCCAAUGAAGCCACUGUGCUGAGGACCAGAGCCCGGAGUGCCUACAUGCUCUUCUAUAUGUUCAGGGCAAUAGAGCGGGAGGCCCCAGCACACAGGGCCUAACAGGGCCACCAGCAUCAGCGCCAGCCUAAACAGGGGCAGCACCGGGACCAGCCUCCAAACACUCAGACCUGUCUCAACAGGUCUAGUACCAGGCCCAGUCUCAAAACCCCCUGCCCAGCCUCAACACUCACACACCUGCCUCGAAAGGGGUAGCACUUGGCCCAACAUCAACAACUCCGAGCCCAGCCACAACAGGGGCAGCACUGGGCUCAACAUCAACACACCCAGCCCAGCCUCAACAUGGGAAGAACCAGGCCCAGUCUCAACAUGGGCAGAACAAGACCCAGUCCCAACACCCUCAGACCUGCCUCAACAGGAAGAUUUAUCGUCUGGGAUUCAGGCCGGUCCUAACAGGAAACGUGACAAAGGGAAGCAGCUGUAAUGGAGCCUUCUAACACCCAAUCAGGUCUGGAGGAGGAAUGUCACAUAAAGAUUCAGAGAUGCUAUGAGAAUCUUUUGAAGUUACUCUCCAGUUGUAUUCCAUUUGAAUAAAUACAGACAUGAAAAUGCUGGGCUAUGGAUGUGACCUUGGUACUGUGAGUUGAGUAACGGGUCACCAAACGACCUAUGGGAACUCCUUCCCUUUAUCGUGAUGUGAUUGAGAUGCUUAAUAUCAACGAUGUUUACA